AUGUCAAGCUCAGCAGAAAUCCCCAUCCUAGUCGGCAUCGGCGAGAUCAACGAUCGCGCCUCCAAAGGACGAGAUGAUGCCGCCGAGCCGUUGACCCUGAUGCUGCGGGCCAUCGGCGCCGCCAUCCAAGAUACAACACUCACCCCAGACGCGGCUCAAAAACUACAAUCGGCCAUUGAAAGUGUCUCGGUCGUUGCAAAUUGGACUUGGCCAUAUCCUGACGCGCCCGGGCUGCUUGUGCGAAGACUGGGAUUACCGAAAGCCAUACAUACAAUUGAGAGUCAUCAUGGUGGUGACUCUCCCGGAAAGUUAUUCGAUGAAGCUGCGCGACGAGUUGCGCAUAGGAUGAGCAAGGUGGCCGUUGUGACUGGUGCCGAGGCGCUGGCUUCAUUGGAGGCCUUCAAGAAGGCGAAGAACUUCCCUCCUCCACAUUGGACUAAACUUGAUGAUCACACUUCAUUCUGGGAUCGAGAGCGACCUGAUGAUCUGGGAAGCCGGCAUUUCCUCGGGGCACCGAUCCAAGUAUAUCCUCUCUACGAGGCAGCUUUUCGGGCGCAUAUGAAGCAGAAACUAGCAGAGAAUCACAAAGAGUCAGCAGAUCUAUAUGCAGACUUCGCCCAAGUCGCUGCCAAGCUACCUUUCUCCUGGUCCUAUGGUCAGGAACCGGAGACGGCCGAGUCAAUCGGGACAGUGACGAAACGCAACCGCAUGAUCUGCUCGCCAUAUCCCCUUCUCAUGAACGCAUUCAACACUGUGAAUUUGGCUGCCGCCUGUAUCAUCACAACAACAAGCUUCGCCCGUGAACUAGGGAUUCCAGAGACCAAAUGGAUAUAUCCAUUGGGGGGCGCCGGAACGAGUGAUGCUAGCCGGUUCUGGGAACGGCCAUACUUCCACGCCAGCCGCAGUCUCUCUGAAUCCCUCGAUGCAGCCCUUAAGGCGACCGAGCUGCAAACAAAAGACAUCGAUCUCUUUGACUUUUACUCAUGCUUCCCCAUCGUCCCCAAACUCGCAGCCCACCACCUGGGCCUUCCCCUCCACGGCGGAAAACCGAUAACCGUCCUUGGUGGCCUCACGUCCUUUGGCGGGGCAGGCAAUAACUACUCUAUGCAUGCCAUAGCAGAGAUCACCCGCCAACUGCGUGCCCGCAAGCAAACUGCCUCCAAGGCACAGCACGGUCUGGUCCUCACUAACGGAGGCGUCCUCUCAUACCACCAUACAGUCAUCCUUUCGACUCAGCCGCGGCUGGACUCAAGCUAUCCAGGGUGGAACCCGCUCCCGUCGCAUCUGAACGACGAUCAUCCCAUUAUUGAAGAGCACGCUGAAGGGGGCGGCGUUAUCGAGACGUAUACAGUCCAAUUCGGCCGCGACGGUUCCCCGGCUAUGGGGUUUGUUGUGGGUCGUCUACAUGAUGGAUCUGGAGAUGGAGCUCGAUUUGUCGCAAAUGUCGAGGAUGCGUAUACGCUCCAGCAGCUCUGCAGUGACACCGAGCAAGUCGGCAAGCGAGGCUGGGUUUCGACUGAGAGUGGGAGGAAUCUGUUUGUCUUCAAGCAAGCGAAGAUAUAG